UGAGAGUCUUCAUCUAGCAUCCCUCUAAACUGAAACCUGGUUCGUAUGAGAAUGAGAAAGUGAAUAAUAUGUGUGCUUAGGUUACAUAAUUUCAUUCGGUCCGAUGGAGUUCGAGGUGAAGGUGGUGGGAGGUAUAGACUCCUGUUUCGUAUCCCUUCCCCUCUCACUCAUCCAAACUCUUCAGUCUACGCGCUCGACACCUCUUCCUCAAAUCCUCGCUCUCGAGCUUCGCUCUCCUCCUCACACCUGGUUCGUCUCUUGGUCCGGCGCCACUUCUGCUUCUUCCGCCAUAGAGGUUUCUCCUCAAUUUGCGGAGUGCAUUUCCUUGCCGAAUCACGCUAUUGUUCAAGUGAGAGCUGCUCCCAAUGUGCCGCACGCUUCUCUCGUCAUCAUAGAACCAAACACGGAGGACGACUGGGAAAUCUUGGAGCUCAACGCCGACCUAGCCCAGGGUAUAAUCCUCAACCAGGUCAGGAUUGUCUAUGAAGGGAUGAGAUUUCCUUUGUGGUUGCAUGGUCAUACUGUCAUCACAUUUCAAGUGACGUCUGUUGAUCCGAAGAAUGUGGUAGUGCAACUAAUGGGAGGAACUAAAGUUGCUGUUGCUCCAAAAAGUCGCAAAAAAAGUUUGGAUUCAGCAGGAGAUUCACGCCAAGACUCCUUUAAUAAAGAACACACUUCUAAGAUGCUGCUUCGUUUACAAGAUCCAAAAGGAUUAUGUAGUAUCAGUACUCAUGUCAAAGGAGUUGACCUCAAUGUAGGGCUUACUACUGUUGCUUUUGUUCACCCAGAAACAGCCAAAAGAUACUCAUUCAACAUGCUUCAGUUGGUUUUGAUAGUACCCAGAGUUUCCAAGGAGAAUGUUAAUAUUUCAAGAAUUAAUAUUAUGAAAAAAAGAGGUGGUUCAACUACUAAUGAAGUUGAAAAUGUAAAUAUUGACAAGACAGAAUAUCGACAAGCAAUUGCUCAGUUGAUGAUUUCAGAAUCUGUGGGUGAAGGACAUGUGAUAGUAGCUAAGUCUCUUCGCCUUUAUUUGAGAGCUAGCCUACGUUCAUGGGUUUAUUUGAAGGCAUGCAAUACUAUUUUGGAAAAAAAUAUUCCUUCAACCUCUCUUUUUCCGUGUCAAUUCAAACUACUAAGGCAGGAGAAUUCUGUUGAGAAAGAUGGUGUAGAAGUUUCUCAUGGCCACAAUCAUCACAUUGAUAAAAAAGUCCAAGCGAAAGCUACAUCAGGUUUCUUUGUGGAUACUAUAGAUUGGUCAAUCCAAAAUAAAGUUCUAGAAGCUGUCUCUGAUGAAUCCAAUCACAAAGCAGAGGAAGAGACUACAAAUCAAUCUCAGAAUCCAAGGGAAUUACAGAGUCUUGUAAGACUAUGGUAUAUCACACAAAUUAAGGCAAUUACUUCCAUUUCAGGUAUGGAGGUUAGUUCCUUGAUUAUGGGUGAUAAAACCUUGCUUCAUUUUGAAGUAAGCUGUUACAAGCUUGGGAGUAAUGGGAAGGCUCAGUUUGCCUAUAGUCCUUCAGAGAACAGUGGCAAUGCAGCUGAAAUGUUGUUUUUAUUGACAUUUGGUGAAGAAUAUCUGCAUAAUGGGAAACUUAGUGCGUAUGAAGUUGCUCUUGGUGGAGAACUUGAUAACAUUAGUAUUGUGGACCUGAAGGUUUUUGAAAGGAUGAAAUUGUGUGAUCCUGUGUCUAUUGUUUCUAUAGAAGAGAGAACCCCUGAAGACCACAUUAGUUCAAAUCUAUCUCCGCUUGGCUGGAUGGAGAAAACUGCGGAUGAUGUUAUCAACAGAAUGUUGAUAUUGUUAUGUUCUGCAUCUGGUUUGUGGUUUGGCACACACAACUUACCACUCCCUGGACAUGUUCUCAUAUAUGGACCACCUGGCUCUGGAAAAACUAUAUUAGCAAGAACUGUGGCAAAAUCUCUUGAGAAUCGUGAGGACAUCUUUGCACACAUAAUUUUUAUUUCCUGCUCUAAACUUGCCCUUGAGAAGGUCCCAGUUAUUCGCCAAGAACUUGCAAACCAUGUAAUUGAAGCUGUAAAUCAUGCCCCUUCUGUGGUUAUCUUUGAUGAUCUUGAUAGCAUAAUUUCUUCCCCUGACUCUGAAGGAUCUCAACAGUCAAUAUCUGUUGCUGGACUCACAGAUUUUCUGGUUGACGUCAUGGAUGAAUAUGGGGAGAAGAGGCAAAAGUCAUGUGGAUUUGGACCAAUAGCCUUCAUAGCUUCCGUACAAUCACUAGAGAAGAUACCACAAUCUUUAAGCUCUUCAGGAAGAUUUGACUUUCACAUAAAGUUGCCUGCUCCUGCAGCCUCUGAGCGCAGGGCUAUGUUGAAGCAUGAAAUACAGAGGCGUCACUUGCAGUGCAAUGAUGACAUCCUGCUUGACGUGGCUGUAAAAUGUGAUGGUUAUGAUGGUUAUGAUCUGGAAAUAUUAGUUGACAGAGCUGUUCAUUCUGCUGUUCGCCGUUUUCUGCCUUCUAAUGCUUCCAUUGAUGUACAUGAGAGUCCAGCUAUACUAAGGGAGGAUUUCUCUCAGGCAAUGCUUGAUUUUCUUCCAGUUGCAAUGCGUGAUAUCACAAAAUCAGCUUCUGAUGAUGGCCGUUCUGGAUGGAAUGAUGUGGGUGGUCUUGUUGACAUUCGAAAUGCUAUUAAGGAGAUGAUAGAGCUGCCAUCAAAGUUUCCAAAAAUUUUUGCACAAGCACCUUUGAGGUUGCGGUCAAAUGUCCUUUUAUAUGGUCCUCCUGGUUGUGGCAAAACUCACAUAGUUGGUGCUGCUGCUGCUGCUUCUUCACUUCGAUUCAUAUCAGUAAAAGGGCCAGAGCUGUUAAACAAAUACAUUGGUGCUUCUGAACAAGCUGUUAGGGAUAUUUUCUCUAAAGCAGCAGCUGCAGCACCAUGUCUACUUUUUUUUGAUGAAUUUGAUUCCAUUGCCCCCAAGAGAGGGCAUGACAAUACUGGAGUAACUGAUCGAGUUGUGAAUCAAUUUUUGACCGAGUUAGAUGGUGUGGAGAUUUUAACUGGUGUAUUUGUGUUUGCUGCAACAAGUAGACCAGAUUUACUUGAUGCUGCACUGUUGAGACCUGGUAGGUUAGAUCGUCUUCUAUUCUGUGACUUUCCAUCUUGGCACGAGAGAUUGGAAAUUCUUGCUGUACUUUCUAGAAAGUUGGCAAUGGACAAGGAUAUUGAUUUGACUACAAUAGCUAAUAUGACUGAGGGAUUCAGUGGAGCUGAUCUCCAAGCUCUCCUCUCAGAUGCGCAGCUUGCAGCAGUUCAUGAUGUUCUGGACAAUGAGGAUGGUUUAAGGACGGAAAAAACACCCAUUAUUACCGAUGCUCUUCUAAAGUUCACAACAUCCAAGGCUAGACCAUCUGUUUCAGAAGAAGAAAAGAGAAGACUCUACAAUAUAUAUCACCAGUUCCUGGAUUCAAAAAGAUCUGUUGCUGCCCAGUCAAGAGAUUCGAAAGGAAAGAAGGCAACUUUAGCUUGACAGUCAAAGAUUCAUGUUGUGGAGAAGAUGUUCUUUGGGUGGCAAUAGCGUAGCCAGGAUAUCUGAUUAAUUCGCAUCAUGCCACGCACUUAUAUUGGACCUGUAAUUACUUCCUACACUUUAGAGCUAAGGAGGAUGAUAGGACCUAAGAGUUUAUUUUAAGAGUUUAUGUUAGGAGAAACAGAGAAACCAGAACAAUAGCUGUCAGAGUUAAUUAUUAGACAAUGAGUUGUAUGGGUUGUAGGGGAUAGGAUGUUGUGUAUAUAAAAGGGGAGAGGGGUCUUAGAGAGGAGAGUUUUGGUUGUAUUCUUUGU